UUAAGAUCACUUACAUUUAUUUAUUACAUUUAUUUACAAAUUGAAAACGUAUCCACGAAACCAUUUGAUCAGUGUAUUAAUCUAAGAAAGUUGGUUCUUACCAAGUGCACCGUUCGGAAUUUGACAUUUGUAAGUAUUCUUCAAAAAAGCCUUGAGCAUUUGGAGCUGGAUAUCGACAACGAGGUGGAUUUGAAAUACUUUACAAACUUUCCCAGUCUCAAAUUAAUGAAGGUUAGGAAAUAUAUUCCCAACGAGAACUUUACAGCUUUAGUAUGCACACAAAACAAUUGUAAUUUUAUUCGUGGUAUCAAUGGGUUCGAAUGCCCAAAACUUUGCCAAUGUUUGUAUAUAUUUGAUGACUUGGAAUUAAACAUAGACUGCAGCAAUAUGGGUCUUUUGCAAAUUCCGCCCCUACCAAUUUCCAUUUAUGGAGGUGUAAAGUUGAAUUUGUCCAAUAAUUGUCUCUCUCAGUUUCCAACUAUGACUUUACCUGGAUAUAAAUCAGUGACAAGGCUUGAUGUUUCGCGGAAUAUGUUAACCAACUUAAGUAUGACUCACCUGUCAGCAAAACUGGACUAUCUUGAUGUAAGCUUCAACGAAAUAAUUAAUAUGGACAACGCUUUAAUCAAAUACUUAAGAAAUGUCACCAUCUUUAAGCAAUCAGGCAAUCAAUGGACUAUUCAUUGUGAUGAUAAGCCGUUAUUAAAUUUCUUUAGACAUCUCAAAUUGAUAAUGCGGAUGAAAAGUGUUGAAGUGAGACCUAUGUUCUUGCACUCCUUAACCGAAUUACCUAAGGGGUUUUUGAAGUUCUUGGGAAAACACUUCAUUUGUGUAAGAAAACAAGAAUACUAUUUGAUCAAUGAGGAACAGUUGUUACAAAGUAUGCAUCGCAAACUGAACAACCUUACUACGAUUAUGAGCAUCUAUAAGAAUAUGGAAUGGCUACAUCAAAAACUAAUACUCGUCAAUCAGGAGUAUGAUCUAUUUUAUAUUCGUGAAAUGGCAGCCCCCUGCCCUCAUAAAUGCGAGUGUUGUUACAGCCGCGAUUCACUUAUUUUUAAAAUAGAUUGCAGUAAUAAAUUUGUAUAUAACUUUUCCGAUAUCGUUGCUAGAAAAAGUCUUCUUAUGGGAAAACAAAAUAUAUCAAGUCCUAUAGAACUUCAUUUAUCUAAAAAUAAUAUUUCAAACAUAACCAUCGCAAUGCUCCCAAAGGAACUAAGGUUUCUUGAUCUACGUUUCAAUAAUCUCGUUACCCUGGAUGAUAAAGUCUUAAGUUACCUUAAGAAAAAUUCAAUUAAAACUAAGCUAUCUGGGAAUCCCUGGAAUUGCGACUGUAAAUCGAGAUCAGUCCUUUCUAUUUUGAGAGGACACGAACCCCUUGAGUAUGACGUCACGUUGAAACGUUGCCAUAUAUCUCGAACGGAUUGUCCAGAUGCGUGUGUCUGCUGCUUGGAUAACUUGACAUGACCAUCAUUUAUAGUCGAUUGCAGAGGAGAAGGACUUCUACAGAUGCCUGAACUUUCAAGCAGGGUUACCUAUGUGGACCUAAGGAAUAACAACCUUACGGCCCUGUCACAAAAGAGUCGAUUUUACUUCGAGAAGAGAUCGUUAAAGCUGCUUUUGCUUGACAAUCGCUGGUCUUGUACUUGCAACGAUAUAGAAAAGGUAAAUUUCAUGAAAAGUGUAUCUUCAAGUAUAUUAGACAUCACUGAGAUAAAGUGUAGUAAUGGUGAGAAGCUUGUCUCGAUUAAUGAGCAUAUUGUGUGCCCAUCUGAACUCGAAUAUUAUUUGGCACUCGCGAUCUCCCUAGUGGCCACGAUCAUUACCUUAAACUUUUUGAUAUGGUUCAGACAACCGGUCCUGGUCUGGUUCUAUGAGCACGGUGUGUGUCUCAGUCUGGCAGCCAGACGAGAACUUGAUAAGGACAAGAGGUUCGAUGCCUUUCUGGCGUUUACCCAUAAGGACGAGGCUCUGCUGGAGGAGUUCGUAGAUAGGCUGGAACGUGGUGAACCCAGGUUUCGACUCUGCUUCUACCUGCGAGACUGGCUGGCGGGCGAAUCAAUUCCCGAUUGCACUGGCCAAUCUAUAAAGGACUCGCGGCGCAUUAUUGUCCUCAUGACGGAGAACUUUAUGAAUUCCACCUGGGGUCGCCUCGAGUUUCGACUGGCCCUCCACGCCACCUCACGCGAUCGGUGCAAGCGUCUGAUCGUGGUGCUCUAUCCAAAUGUAAAGAGCUAA